UGGUUACUGUUCAGAAAUCGCCUGAAGAGCACACAGCCGUGCCUCAGCGAGAUUCUACUGCAAAUAUCGACCAGAAAAGGGGGUUUCCUGUUCGCACCCGUGUUCACUCCACCUUUCAAUAGAAACCGACAGUGAUUUGUAACCGAGGGCGAGGUGACUGUUGCGAUUUUUUUUAAAAAUGGUGCAAUUUAUCGGAGUUGUGCGCUGAGACGGGAUAAAGCAUCGCGUUUCUCUCCAAUGCAUGGAGGUAAUAUUUACAAAUGUACGUGAGGUGUCGUACUAUCCAGAAUACCUGCAAUCUGUUGAAGAAUAGAUUCCCCUGUAAUAAUGGAUGAAGUUGGAUUGAUUUUGUGUGUAAACCGGGAUUAGAUAUAUCCAUCCUGUCCAACAAUCUGUACCGGGUAGUAAUCGUGACUGGAGCAGGUUAGCAAGUGUCUCGCUAACGAGGACGUACCGCAUCUGCUCGGUUUUGCAUGUUAAGGAUGUAUUGUUGCACAUAGCAGUUUCCACCUACACUACCUAACCAAAUCACCGCGUUUCCCAACUCGCUUAUUAUCAUCUGCUCCUUUAUAGUUUAUGGAUUCAAGACAUCGGCAAGUCUUCCUGGGAAUAUUUAGCACACAAACAUUUCAUGGAGACUUACAGAAAGUGUUGGCAGUAUAUUUAGGAGGAAAUCCAGGAUCGCUGCUGAACGCCGAUGCUUCAACUCACUUUAAUGAUUUAUGUCAUCUCGCAAUGUCUAAGCUGAGUGAACAUAUGUUGUUAAAUAUUCAGUGAUCCUUCACAAUCAGACGCCAAGCCUGCUCCAUGAGACAGACAUUUAUCAACAAGCCUUUCGAGUUUACUAACCCCAGGAAGUAAGGGCAGAAUCUGUAAUUGGAAAUGGCUCUCUGCCCUUGGAACUGAUUUUACUUUAAUGGAUAUAAUUCCUAAAUGAACAUUUCUGGGACAGAAUCUACAACAAGACAGACUGGAGGGAGUGCACACCGUAAAUCCUAGGUGCGUGGUUUGUGGAUCCCCGCAUGAUUUUGUUUUCUUGAUGCUCAGACAGAUUGAGAUGGUUAACAAGGCAGGGAGUAAUGUUGCACUGAGCUGACCGAGAGUCGAGCUGUUUUAGCGGCACGGCAGAUCCCUUCCAACGGCGCAGUCUGGCAUCUCCUCAAAUCUCUUCAGAUUAAGAAGGAUCAAUGAAUGAAUGACGUCUCCAAUCGAAAUGACAAUGACACUGGCGGGUAUUUAGGUGGAGAGGAGCCUCCAGUCAUCCUGAAGCAGACUUGGCGGUGCUGCUAGAGGAGAGAGGGAGAGAGAGAGAGAGAGAGCAACAGGAGACUGAGGGGAACUGCACAGUGGGAGACAGCACCCCGGCGUGUGGUUCAGGGGCUUGGUGCCGGCAUGGACUUGAGGAAUUGAUCAUGAGAAGAGAACGUUCUGGGGUUGGUCACUUCACCUCUCCUGGAGAAAUGGACAGUGAAUCAUUAACUUCCAGUUUCCAACCGACCGGGGGUGCACUCCAUGAGGGAAUGACUCUGGAGCAGAAAACCACUUUCGCCUUUGUUAUCUUCCUCUUUAUCUUCUUGGGAAUCCUCAUCGUAAGGUGUUUCAGGAUCCUGCUGGAUCCCUACAGGAGCAUGCCCACGUCCACCUGGGCUGAUGGGCUGGACGGUUUGGAGAAGGGCCAGUUUGAUUAUGUGUUAGCAUGAAUCUCAAUAGGCAGAAUGCCUCGGGAAAUUCCCCCAAAUCCCCAUGGCCAUGAUUAUCUGAGAAACCCCAGACUAUUCAGGUUCGAUAGA